AUGGCUGACGGGGAACGCUAUACCUUCGCCAACGCAGCAGCCGCCCCAGCCGGCAUUGCUGAUACCAUUCGCACCAUGAUCGAAGGUUGGGACGCCAUGGGCGAGUCUUGGCGGGAAGUCUGCCACCCCGACAUCGACUUCACGCUCGGCAAUAUACAUACAGUUGGUGUAGAUGCCGCAGCAGCGUCGCGUGCCAGCACUUUUCACCCAACCAACGGUCCAUUGACCAAUGUAUCGCACGUUCUCAAAGAACUGUAUCCCAAAGCAGGACACCCGGAUGGCGCAACCCAAGACGUCGUCUUCACUGGUACCGUCACAUACACCGUUCUGGGCGGCAAGGAUAUGGUAGAGGAUUUCGCCACCUUCUACCGGCUGUUGAAGCAAAGCGAGGGGACGUACAAGAUCAAGACGGCCAGGAUCUACAUCAACACCGUUGCACUAACUCAAGCUAUGGCAGAGCUGCAAAAGCAGAGUUGA